UCACCAACGUCCAACUGCUCUACAGAAGAAGAGAAGCGACUUGUGUUGUUGACUGCUGAGGGUUUUCACAUGCUGUUUAAACAGUUUAAGACGCGUCCAACAACAAUAUCUCUAAACGCACCGAUAAUACUAUAUUUUAUUCGGUGAUCAAUAUUAGGACUGUUGGACGCUGUAGAAAUGUCGCCACUAUUUUUUCCUUAGGCGCAAAAGCGUGGAGCUAGCUAGCUAGCUAGCUUCGUUUAGCUGAAGCAGGAAAGGAAGAAACGACAUCGUCCGUUUCUUCUGUCGGUAUCUCUGACUCUAAUUUUUAGCCUCUGUGUUUGAAGUUCGUCACAGGCAUGGUCAAUCGGAUAGAGUGUAUAUUCUUUAGUGAGUUUCACCCCACACUGGGUCCAAAGAUAACAUAUCAGUAGAACGGCCACAACAAUGCCUCUAUUAUGCAGUACCGCAUUAUGCUGUGCCCUAUUUUGUCCUAACACAAGAAAGUCCCAGAAGAAUACAUCUCAAGAGAGCUGUUUGACACGGUUCAGGUUUAUAUCAUCACCAAGCCAGAGCUGCAAAACAAACUAAUAACAGUCACGGCCAUGGAGAAAAAGUUAAUCGGUUGUCCUGUAUGCAUCGAACACAAAAAGUACCGUCGAAACGCCCUCCUCUUUAACCUCGGCCUCGUUUGCGAUGCCAAAACUGAUACUUGUGCCCUUGAGCCAAUUGUCAAGAAGCUGUCUGGGUACCUCACAACCUUAGAGCUGGAGAGUGGGUUUAUUUCUAAUGAGGAGAGCAAACAGAAGCUUCUACCAAUCAUGUCAACCUUGUUAGAUGAACUCAAUGCAACAGGAGCCUGCACUUUACCUAUUGAUGACUCCAACACAAUCCACUUAAAGCUGAUCCCGCUGCGGAAGGACCCCCAUAUUGUUCAGGAGUAUGACGUGCCGGUCUUUGCUCAGUGCAAAGAACAUUUUAUUAAAUCCCAGUGGGAUCUCACCACUCAACAGAUCCUGCCCUACAUUGAUGGUUUUAGACACAUCCAAAAGAUUUCCGCUGAAGCAGAUGUGGAAUUAAAUCUGGUUCGCAUCGCGGUUCAGAAUCUGCUGUACUAUGGAGUUGUGACUUUGGUGUCAAUCUUCCAGUACUCUAAUGUUUACUGCACGACCCCCAAAGUCCAGAGCCUCAUCGACGACAAGCCCAUUCAGGAAGAGUGUCUCAAUUAUGUUUCCAAACAAGGUCAUAAGCGAGCCAGCCUGAGAGACGUGUUCCAGCUGUACUGCGGUUUGAGCCCAGGAACCACGGUGCGGGAUCUUUGCUCCCGCUACUCACAGCAGCUUCAAAGGGUGGAUGAAAGAAGGUUGAUCCAGUUUGGCCUAAUGAAGUCUCUCAUUCGACGGCUGCAGAAAUACCCCGUGAAGGUGAUCCGUGACGAGAGAAGCAGACCUCCUAGACUCUACACUGGCUGUCAUAGUUAUGAUGAGAUCUGCUGUAAAACAGGCAUUAGCUAUCAAGAGCUGGAUGAACGUCUGGAAAAUGACCCCAACAUUGUUAUCUGUUGGAAGUGAUGUUACACAAAGUCCUCACAUGGAUAAAUAACAUGGACGUGUCAACCGAAGAUGCCUGGAGUGCGAAAAACAAUUCUCACAUUUUCCACUGCAUCAGCUGGAAACAGGUGGAAAACUGUGAUCAGUUUAUAAAGAUGAUAUUUGGUUGUUGGAGUCAUUUCUUUCAAUUAUUUCUAACAUAAAAUAAAAAAUAAAAAAACAUU